AUGCUGAACCAAGCUCUUUCUGGCAGAGUUCUCAAGAAUACAGACAAGAAGCCGGCCAAAAAGGCCAAAGAGUUCACAGAACAACAGACUAUAAUGUUAUUGAAUGCUGCAUCAAACGAAUAUUCUCCUCCAGAUUCUCCUCCGCUCCGGAGAAGUGAACGGCUCAAAGAGAAAGCUGCAGCCCCAGCCGUUACAUCACCACCGAAACUCAACGCUACCCAAUCUUUUCACUCAUCAGGACAGAAGCAUCCCCAAAAGGAAUUUAAUCUCGUUGAGCCCUCCCGAGCAUCGAGGCACAAGAAGCCUAAGGUACAACCCAAUGCGCUCGAAUCAUCCCAAACAUCGAUGCAGGAGAAGCCCAACAUACACUCCAAUACCAUCAAGCCACCCCGAUCAUCAAGGCAGAAGAAGCUCGAGAAACGAGCCCGUGAUUCAGCCCGCCCGGGUUGA